AUUUUGUUGACAGUCCUGUGAUUGUGGCAGUGCAGUCAUUAUCUUGGUAUCCUUUCUCUCUUCAUUUGUAUCUGCCACAAUAAGUAAAACCAAGCUUGCUAGCUGCCAAUGCUAGAUGUUUUUCUGGUCUUUUUGUUCUGACAUUUUUCUUCUUACCAGCUAUGACAGAAGAAGUAACAUAUGCUAAUCUGAAAUUUAAAAACAGACAUGAGUUGGAUAAUAUCGCAGCGCCUGAAGAUACUCAGGAAAAAGGGCCUGCCACUUCGUCUCGGUCUUUCUGGUCAGUUGUCCUGAUUUUGUUUGUGCUGUGCUUGGCAUUGCUGGUGGCAGUGGUGACCCUGGCAGUUUUAUUUUUCCAGGUUCCCCAGGACUACAGGACACAACUUAGAGAUCUCAACAUGACAAAGAAUGAGCUGCAUGCAAAUUUCUCAAAUAUGCUGCAAGCAAUAGGAAAUCAUCUGUGCUUGAAAGGAGAAAAAAACUUGAAAAAUAAUGGACAGAACUGUGUACUCUGCCCUGCAAACUGGAAGUGGGAAGGUGGUGAUAUAUGUUACUACAUCUCCAAAGGAAAGGAGUCAUGGGAAGAGAGUCGCCAGUUUUGUUCCUCACAAAACUCUACUCUUUUUCUGAUAAAAAAUGAGGAAAAGCUGGAAAUGUUAAAAAAAAUAUAUACAGAAUAUUACUGGGUUGGACUAAUAUUUAGAGCUGAAAAGAAAGCAUGGUAUUGGAAUGACAACACAGCUAUUACAGAAAAACAAAAGACUUGGUUAAAUCUCCAAAGCCCCUUCUCCCAACACUGCGGAUAUUUUGCUUACACUAACGUGUAUGGCACAUCAUGUGAAAAAAAAUAUUCCUAUAUCUGUGAAAAGCCUGCCGUCCAAUUACAGCGAGGUAAUAGCCAUUGUCAGGAGGACUGGUUUGUCAGAUCAAAAUGAUUGCAAGAAGCUGGAAGACAUUCCACAAGACAUAUUUAAAAAUAGCUUCAUACUAGGGAAAUGGGCCUGGUGGCAGGCUCCAGGAGUAACUCAAGCCUGACACUCCAGAUCAAAAACUGUCAAAAGAUUGUUCAGUUUUAACACAAGUGAUUGACAAAAUGGCCAAAAGGGAUGGCCAGGAAAAGAAAGCACAGUGACAACGCAAGCACAGAAACAUACUGCUCCUUUCCCAGCAUCCACUGAUAGAGUCCUAAUAUCAUUCGCCAGUUCAUGACUGUACAGCUGUAACGUAACACAAGUGAUGAGGAUUAAACACUCCCAUUCACGAGAUGCUUCUGAUGUCUGGUUCAACUGACUGCUUUAAUACACUAGUAGGCUGGAGCAAACAACAUGCUCUGCUAUCGUCAGAAUGUGGGACAAAGUGUUCCUGAAUUGUAUAAAUAAUCAUAUUUGCUCUGGAGCAUAGAAAUUCAUAGUCUUUGUGAGAACUUGUGCAUGUGUCACAGGAGAAGAUAUCAUUUAGCAAUGAAUGUCUAUCUCUCCUCUACACUCUCCAUUUCUUUCUGGCACUGUUACAUCUCUUUUUUCCCCCUAGUAGCAUUUCUAUUCUUCUUUUCUACUUGAAUACUCUGCGUUUUUGAUCUCUUGCAAGAGCUACACAGGGCUCAGUCAGAGGCACAAAUAGAAUCUCCUUUUACGUAUUUUUUAGGAUAUUUUCUGGAAUUUCAUACUAUUAAUUUAAUCAUAGAAUGGUUUGGGUUGGAAGAGACCUUAAAGAUCAUCUAGUUCAAAUCCCUCUGCCAUGAGCAGGAGUGUCUUUCACUAGACCAGGUUGCUCAAAGCCCCAUCCAACCUGGCCUUUAACAUUGCCAGGGAUGGGGCAUCCACAAACUUUUUGGGCAAUCUGUUCUGGUGCCUCAGUGCCCUCACAUUGAAGAACUUCCUCCAAAUAUUUGAGCUAUAUCUCUUUCAGUUUGGAGCCAUUACACCUUGUCCUGUCACUACAUGACCUUGUAAAAAAGUCCCUCUAAGGCUUUCCUGUAGGCCCCUUUAGGUACCGGAAGGCUGCUAUAUAAAUGUACUGAGCAAGGAUCUACAAACCUGUGAAAACACCUCAAGCAGUGAACAAAAUGUCUUUGUAGAGCAACAAAAGUCAGAUUGGAAUAAGAAAUGCACAUCCCAUAAACACUGUUUUAGUUUGAGAAAAAAAGCCCACAAUUUCCUGUGUAUUCCUUGUGGAUUGCAUCCCAGACUAUUUGUUGUGGAUCAUUUACCACUGGUGUAGCAGCUAGGCUGAUAAAGGACUAGUCUUUCCUUUCAAGAGAUUGUUCUAGUGUCUCACUAUUCUCAGCACUAUACAGCAGUUUCUAAUCACCAAAAUUACCAUUUCAGGUGUAAUUUUCAAACACCAGUUUCACGCUUCAGAAACCUUAGUGAUUUCUCUUCCUAUCUAUUGUUUACAUUCAUCACUCUCAUCUCUAAUGUAACUUUUCCUAGCUUCACCUCUCAGUUUCUUUCCUCAUUGUUCCUGUCUUUGGUGUGAAAAUGCAGAAUGCUUCUACCCUGCAAUGCAGACACAGUCCUUGUGUGUGUCCCAGAGGUUCUCUCAGCAUUCAUUCCAGCUGCACCAAAAUAAGUAACCUUGUGUAAAAGGUGUCUUGAACUGUAUUCAUGGUGCAUAGUUUAUCGAUAAUGAAAGACUUUGCUGUAAUUUGCCAGAAGAAAAAGAAAAUAAAGAAGGAAAAAAAAAGUCUAAUCUGGUUUCUCCUACAUUAGAGUAACUAAGCAAGAGGGAAAGAUAUUUCCAGGAUUUUUUUUUCAUUGAGUCAUGCCUAAGUGCAGAUAGGCAAAUCCUAGGUGUUUCUGCAGUCUGUUGAAGGCGAAUAUGAGUGGAGAUUGACAGCUCCCCGCGCUGACAGGCAGCUACAAGACUACAUUAUAUCUUGCUAUGGCCUUGAUCUUUUGAGUCGCCAGCACAAAAGAAGUCACUGGUGGGGCACCUGCAUUUGUAACUGCAAAGGCCUGUGGAGUUAAGAGCAUCUUUUCACAGUGUGCCGUGCUACUGAGACAGAGGCAGCUGGCUGCUUCUCCUCAAAAGCCAAUGACUAAAACACACAUACACAAAAACCACCCCAGGAAAGACAAGAGGCAGUGUCUUAUGUCAUGGUUUAGCAAGGAGCAGCUUUUGCUUGGUAACAGGGCGAGCAGGUUUCAGUGAAGACCUGGUAAAGACUUUUUGGACUCUUCCCUGGCUCCUGGGUUCAGACCCAGCUGGGUCAAUCUGGCGCCUCUGCAAUAACUAUUUAGGGAUGGGAAUUUGAACUGCUGGUAGGAGGUGUAAGAGUGAUACAAGAUGGAGGUGACCACGCGGGCCCCACAGUCAGAGAAGGAGGAAGGAAGGAGGAGCACCAGACCAGAGACCCCUCUGCAAGCCAUGGUGAGAAUGUAGGCUGUACCCCUGCAACCCAUGCAGGGCCAUGGCAGGACUGAGAGCCACCAGCAGCUCCAUGUGAGUGCACCUGGAUGGGUGAGGGACUGUGUGGGGAGACGGCCAUGGAGCAGGCCGUGCUGGAGAGCCUGAGCAGCGCAGAGCAGCCCCACACAAGAGGCAGAGAGGAGCUGCAGCUUUUGGGAUAAAUAUACGUAGGAGCAGCCUGUGCAGGGCUGCCGUGUGUGUGAGGUACCCCAUGGACUUGCAGGGAGAACUGGUUCAGAGUCCACCUGCCCCGAGGAGAGACAAAUGGCAGAAGCUAUCAGGAAUAGACUGACUAAAACCCCCACUCUGAAACCCCCACUCCCUGCCCCCCUGGGCCGUUCCGGGAUCAGGUCUCUGAGCCCAGGAAGAGGGGAGGGAUGGGGAGAAGGUGGUCUUAAAGGGCUGGUCGGACUCUUCAUCAUUAUACCACUCUGUAUUGUGUUGUGUUUGUUAUGUUUUGGGGUUUUAUGGUUAUGUUUUAGUUGGUGUUGCAUUACAUUAUUUUCUGUUUUCUUCCCCAAGCCAAGUAGCCUGGUCUGUUUUGUCUUGGACCUUAAGUGCCAAUUAAGCUCUCCCUGCCCUUUGGCAAUCCUCAGGUCUUUGGUACUUGAGGCUAAUCGUGGUCUUUUGUUCCCUGAUGGGCCUAAACCAUGACAUCUUACCAUUCACUAGAGAUGUUCAGAGUGCUACCACCAAUAAGCUCAACUAGCAAGGCUGAAACUUGUAAAGGACGUACCCUGGUGGUGGAGUAACCAUGAAGGACUCAAGUAUGUGCUGUCUGACUGUAUCCCCUAUUCCAUUGAAUAGGUACAGGGGAAGAGAUAUAGAAAUGUACUGUUUGUGUAUUAGCUGAGACGGCAUUUUGAAUCACAGUACUGUACAAUAGCGUGUUUCCCAUGUCUAAAUUCUACUUCUUCCCUGUGCCCCUGUCAGACUCCGGAUGAUGCAAUUUGCAAGGUAACAUUCUGAUUAAUAAACACAGAUGUUUUGUCCAGCCUACUGUUAACAUUUAUACAAAGGCUGUGUUCAAAUGUAGACUUAAACUUCCUACCUUAUUUUACCUUUCUUUACAUUUUAGUCUGAAGAAACAAGAAAUUCUUCCUGUUCUGGAUCCUUACAAGAACAGAGGGCCCCAUCUUGCUACCUUUUUUAUUUCUGUUCUUGCAGCAGAAUUUGUUUCAAAAGGGGAUUAAAAAAAAUAUAGUAACAGACUGCUUAUUGAAUUCACAGCUACAAGAACAAUAGAAGUAAGGGACAUUAACUCCUGUUUUCUGUCCAGAAGUAAAAUUAAGUUUCCUCAAAGGUGAUUCAUUACAUAGUUAAAAAUUGUGGUUAAGACUGAAGAGGUUGUUGUCAUGAAAACUUGCAACAAAAUUCAGUACCAUUGACAAACCUGACACCCAGCUAUCUGCAGAAAAGCCCUUUUUACACUGAGAUGCCAACAUACAGUUUUCAGACAAGUGGUUUUGUACCAUAUUUAGCAUGAGAUUUUUAUGAAGAUAUUACAGAUAUACUAGGAAUACUGUUCCUUCUGUGAUCUCUGUGCAACAAAACUUUACUCCCAGCUUUUCCAUCAUUCCUUCUCUUUGCAUGCAGUUAAGAUAUAAUGCAAGAAAAACAUGCAGACAGAGAUAUUUCUGCUCUGAAAAAACAUCUAUCCUUUGCAUAGAAAGGUGAGAAAAAUAACCUAGUCAUUACUGGGUAUUUCCAGUCCAUUGAUAGGAUUUUGCAAAUGAAAACUUUACACACAAAAGCAAUAACAGCUACCAUAGAAAUUCCUCUCUUGCGAUUUCCUUCUGACUCACUGUGAUGUGAUUCAUCAUGUCUGAGCAAGUGCUCUGUUAAGGAGAGAUGGUCUCUGAAGAUAUUCAAGAACCAUAGCUCAGCAUCAGAGCAAGGCACUGCAGAGAGCUAGAGAUGGAGAGUGUGAAUGGGUAAGCCAGUCCUGCACAGUGAAUUCUGCAUACUAUGCAGGAGCAGAGAGCUCCUUAGUGUAGUCUGGUCUUUCUCUGACACUGGCUGAAUUGAUGUAGAGCUUUAUACUAACAUGUACUAAUAAACCUUAUACUAACUUAUCGCAAUAGUAUAAAGCUUAUUUUUCAGACGGGACAAAAUUCACACAAGCUGUAAAAAGGUCACGCUUAUCUCCUCACACAAUACCUCCGGGGUCCUCCAACUUCCUUGAGGGCAGAAAGCAGUUCUGCGAGGGGCCGAGUGAUAUCUGAAGAUCAGGGGUGAGAAAGCCUCAGGACUUAUCAGCUUUCAUCUCCCAAGGCCCUAAAGACCAUCACCGGCCAUCACCGGGAGAUAUCACGCAAAUGAAAGGAAGAAAAGACCUAAUUUACAUGCGAAAUCGGGGACAGGUUGUAUCUUUGUCUAGGCGGAUAACGUCAUCAUAUGAUUUUGUAACUUUUUAACAAAUAUAAGUCAAGCAAGUUGCAGAGUCGGGUGCGCACGGUUGUGGUGGAGCGAUCCCCUAUGCGCCCAGUGCC